AUGGGCUCCAUCGCCGAGAGCUCCGUGACUCAGCCGGCGGUCAGCGACAACUUGAUCACCAUCCUCAGCAUAGACGGAGGCGGUGUCAGAGGCAUCAUCCCGGCUACCAUUCUCGCCUUCCUGGAGAAAGAACUUCAGGUAUGUUAAAGAAAGAGCAGAUGCCUGUUCCACGGCGUCCAACCGAGCGGCACUUCUCCCAGAUGCAUUCAUACCAAAAACCUAUAAAUUCAUAGUCUUCAUUCUUCGCAGUUAACUAAAAAAUACUGAUUAGUAAGACUUUCAGACACGUCGUUAAAAAUUUGGAGAACACCACCGAAUGCAUGCAUCGUUCGAAUUUUUUUCAUUAUUUCUCGUUUUUUCCUACGGAUGUAUUGAGUAGGGAGACAUUGGCCAUCCAUUCUCAACAUUGCCGGGCUGUUCUCACGCGUAGAUUCAUUCCGCUUACUUUCGACAGGAGCUCGACGGGGAGGAUGCGAAGAUCGCAGACUACUUCGACGUGAUUGCAGGGACAAGCACCGGGGGCCUCGUGACGGCCAUGCUGACGGCUCCCAAUGAACACAAUCGCCCCAUCUUAGCCGCCAAAGAUAUCAAGGACUUCUACCUUGAGAACUGCCCUAAGAUUUUCCCCCAGAUCGGGUAACUACCGGGAUUACAGCACGGAAAAUUCCUGGUUGUCGUUUAUAUGAUCUCAGUAUGUCUUACAUCGGCCUCCUGAUACAUCGUAAUUUGUGGAACCAGGGGCCCGCUCGCCGGAAUCCGCCAACUGAUCAAUGGUAUCACAGGACCGAGAUAUGAUGGAAAAUACCUUCACAAGCUUAUAAGGGAAAAACUGGGAAGUGUUAAGUUAGGGGACACACUGACAAACGUGCUCAUUCCAGCCUUCGACAUCAGGAAUCUCCAACCCACUGUCUUUUCCAGUUCUGAGGUGUGCACGUCAGUUUUAACCCGAGGAGCUGCCAUUGUUUUUCCUAUCUCUCUCUCUCGCUCUCUCUCUCUCUCACUCGCUCUCUCUCUCUCUCUCUCACUCACUCUCACUCUUUUUGGAUGCUUUCUGAACAACUGGAAUGAACUGAUCUCAGGCGAAGAACGGCAAUUGUUUGAAUGCGACUCUCUCCGACGUCUGCAUUAGCACCUCAGCCGCCCCCACCUACCUGCCGGCCUACUACUUCAACGUACAGACACCUCGUGGGGGGAAGAGGGAGUUCAACCUUAUCGACGGAGGCGUGGCCGCAAACAAUCCGGUGAGGCAUUAGCGUAGUUUAUUUGUUUCUUCCAAUGCGGGGACAAGAUAGCUGUGAUGGACUAAAGGAAUGCACGUACAGCCUCUUAACUGACGAGGAAGAUGCCCUGUAGGCACUGCUUGCUAUCAGAGAUAUGACCAAGGAGACGAGAAGGAAGAACCCGGAGGUGGGCAAUUCUGAGCAGCUGGACUUAAAGAAGGUUCUGCUCGUAUCCCUGGGCACCGGUACGACGCAGAUGGACAAGUACAGCGCGGGAGAUGCCGCGAAGUGGGGUAUAGUCGGAUGGUUGAACAACCAGGGGUCGAAUCCCUUAAUCGAUGUGUUCACCCAAGCGAGCGUGGACAUGGUCGACCUUCAUAUCUCCGCCGUCUUCCAGACCCUGCGUUGUGAGGAAAACUACUUGAGAAUCCAGGUUAGUCUUAUCUUCUGUGUUCUGCGGUACGCACGUACACAUACAGACGCGCGCAGACACACACGCGCACCCAGGUUUCAACCCUAAAUAAAUCGGUGUUCUUUCUGUCAAUCAUGGAUUCACAAGAGAUAUUGUGAAAACGCAGGACGACACGCUCUCCGGGGACGCUUCGUCCGUCGACAUCGCAACAAAGGAGAAUUUAGGGAAGUUAGUGAAAAUCGGAGAGGACUUGCUCGACAAACCAGUUUCGAGGGUCAAUCUUGACACCGGCCGGAAUGAACCUGUAGGAGCGGAGAAAAACAGAGAAGCCCUUAAAAGGUAA